ACCAAUGGAAAAUCGUGUUCCUGUCAAUAUCAAAAUAAAAGAAAUUACAGUUUUUAUAUUUUAAAAUAUAAAUUUCUAUAGCAAAGCAAAAGAAUGAAAACUCUUGAACUCUUGCUUUUUGCCAGGGGUAUAUGCCCUUGAUAUACCCCUGCGCCCUGUCUACCCCUGCUUUUGAUUCGUUGCUUGGCGAAACUGGCUAAUUUCAAAAAUACAUUUGGCAAUGUUGGACCGCACCAUUUCAAUUAUACCGUUGGGCUUAUUUCGAAUUCAAAACCUUGCCGUCGACGCUCAGUGGCUCACGUCAUGUUAUCACAGUGAGGCAAUUUUACAAUAAAAGUAACCGAUGUCAAACAUUGACCAGCAACUGGCACUCUGAGAAAUUUCUUUUUAAAUUAAAAGGUAUUGAAUUCCACCCGAAAUACAAUGGCUGGAAGAUGCCCUCAUAGUAUGAGGGGUAAACACAGAGUCACACCACUGAUGAAGAGCAGUUUCUCAAGACUGGGUGAAAGCUCUUUGAAUCGCACAGCAGAUUCUGGUUACCAAUCCAGCAUUGCUUCCUCGAGCAGAUCUUUUACACCCCUAUCUGAUGUCUCUGAUUCAUCACGACUCUACUGCAGCACUCCAGUGGCAGAAGAUUCAAUUUUAUCACACCAGAUAGCCUAUCCAAAAAUGUUGCUGGAGACCCCUGUCCAGCCUGUUUUGCCCAACAGGACACAUUUUUCAGAAGAUCGGAUCCCUUCAACUAGGACAAGUCUCGUGGUUAAUGAAGAUGUGAUAGACUGCCCGAGUGAUGUCUUGAGUUGCAUGAUCAGAAGUCAUUCCAUACCCGCCAUCCACAGGGUCCUUACAUACCUUGAAGAUCAAGAUCUAAUGAGACUCUGCCAAGUGUCAGACGAUUAUUGCCGUGCCGUAUGCGAAUGUCCACCUGCAUUGAAACGACUAUCAAAGUUUCUUAUCGUUAGCCAUCAGAACCGCGAAAACCGAACAACAUCGAGCCACAACAACGUAGGUAACCGACCGCAUCAUGGAAUUCCGCUUCGAUCCAUUCAAAACGUGAUGGAUGUUGGUUUGCCAAGUGGGACUGUCUGGACGGUACCUUCCCCAUUGGAGACUAUCGAUAUGAACAGGGUCCCUGACCAGUUUCGGACGCUGGUUGAUUUGAUCACGACGUUGUCUGAACAUCACUGCGUCAUCAACUGCCGCGCUUGCCGUAGACUUGUCGCCGUUCGGGUCAACCAACGGAAAACCGAGGUAUGCCUCAACUGUAACCGACGCACUAAAACGAGCCGGCUGGUCACACGCCCUAAAACCUUGCCAUUCAGAUAAAAGAAACAUAUUAACUUGCAGUGCUUAAUGUUUUUUAUUUAUUUUUAAAUUCUUUUUUUAUUCUAAUUUUUUUAAAAUUUGUGUCGUAUGUUCUUACCUCUUGCCUGUCCUAUUUUUUUCUUCCUCCGAGCAACCUGUACAGCUAAUCUGCUUACUGCCCGGUUUUCUUUUAACAAAAUACUCCCUUUGUAAAUAUUUCGAAUCCUUUCCCAUUGUCAUCUUGUUUACAUCAUAUUCUAUUUUCGGUUGAUGCACAACGUCAGAGAAUCAUAUUUUUAUCUGUCAUAAAAAUUCUUCCUUUAAUUAAAUCCAAGCUCAAUUGUCUUGCUCAUUUAUCGUCUAAAAUGAAUGCCUUAAUUCUGGUAUUAGUAAGAGGAAUCCGACGAACCUCUGAUUCCAAUACACGGAAAUUGGCAUUCCUCUUUUGUGCCUCGGUGCCCCUGUUUUCAAACAAAUCUAUCGAACAAUACUUCUUUUUAAAAAAUAAAUGCUCUCUUGUCUAUACUCAUGUUGACGUUACACAAUCGCGAACAAAUACAGAAUGCGGCAGACACA